GCGUUAAGCAAUGAAGUGGGUGUAAGGAAAAAAAACUACGCUUUUCUCUCUCUAUAUCCCUCUUCCCCCAAAAGUUUCCCCCUUUCUCUUUCUCUCUCUGCAAACCCUAGCUCCGUUCCUUCACCGCCAUCACCAUCACAAUCACCAUGGCUAAGAAGCGAAAGGUUCGACCUUCCGAGCCCGAACCCCCCAAACAAGAGCAAGAGCAAGAGCAAGAGCUUCAACAACAACAGCCACCACACGAAGAACUAACCUUAGAUCAACAACAAAGCAUGACCAUCGAUGACGCAGCGCCACAACAAGACCAACCUCAAAACGACGUCGCAAUAGAAGAAGAACAAAACAACGAAGGAGAAGGAGAAGAAGAAGCAGAAGAAGAACAGCAACAGGAGGAUCAGCAGCAACAACAGCAAGGAGGAGGAGAAACCCUAGAAAGCCAGGAAGCGCAGAUUCAACAGCAGGCUUCGGGUUCGGAUUCGGUUCGGGCCGAGGCUAACGGCUCCGAGCAGCAACAGGAAGAGGAGGACCUCGAUUUGGAAGACGAGCCAAUCGAGAAGCUUCUAGAACCCUUCACGAAGGAGCAGCUACACUCCCUUGUCAAGCAAGCCGUCGAGAAGCACCCCGAUUUCGCCGAAACCGUUCGCCAGCUGGCAGAUGUGGACCCCGCACACCGGAAGAUCUUCGUCCAUGGGCUUGGUUGGGACACUACCGCAGAAACCCUAACCGCCGUGUUCGGAAAAUACGGCGAAAUUGAAGACUGCAAGGCCGUGACGGACAAAAUCUCCGGAAAAUCGAAGGGAUACGCGUUCAUCCAAUUCAAGCACCGCGCCGGAGCGCGAAGGGCGCUUAAGCAGCCGCAGAAGAAGAUUGGGAACAGAACAACUUCGUGUCAGUUGGCCUCUGCGGGACCAGUUCCGUCGCAGCAGGCCGCCGCGCCGGGUGCCCCGGUUGUGUCAGAGUAUACACAGAGGAAGAUCUUUGUUAGCAAUGUGAGUGCGGAGAUUGAUCCUCAGAGGCUUCUGGAAUUCUUCAAGCAGUUCGGGGAGAUUGAGGAUGGGCCUCUUGGGAUUGACAAGCAGACAGGGAAGCCUAAAGGGUUCGCUCUUUUCGUGUACAAAACAGUUGAGAGUGCGAAGAAGGCGUUGGAGGAGCCAAACAAGAACUUUGAAGGGCACACCCUUUAUUGCCAGAAGGCUGUUGAUGGUCCCAAAGGGUUCAAUAAGGGUGGAUUUCAUCAGCAGCAGCAUCACCAUCAACAGCACUAUCAGCACCAAUCACAUCACCAUCAUCAGGGUCACUUUCAUAGGAAGGAUAAGAACAAGUAUUCCGCUGGUGGGCCUGCACAUGGCGGUGGUGGUGGUCACUUGAUGGCGCCGUCGGCUCCAGGGCCUGCUGUUGGAGGUUACAACCCUGGUGUGCCACCUGCUGCUGCGGCGCAGGGUCUCAACCCUGCACUUGGGCAGGCGCUGACGGCGUUGCUUGCUAAUCAGGGUGCCGGAUUGGGACUUGGGAACCUGCUUGGAGGGAUCGGUGGUGCUCCUGUGAACCAGCCUGGUCCACCUGCUGGUGGAUAUGGGACUCAGCCAGCUAUGGGAUAUGGGAACCAGCCGGGGAUGCAGCCGCAGUACCAGAAUCCUCAGAUGGGGCAGAGUAGUGGGGUUAGGCCUCACCCCGGUGCUGGCGCACCUUACAUGGGUCAUUAGGCAACAAUUGGUGACACAUGCUGGUGUGUUCGUCUCGCUGCAUAUAAGUGUCAAGUGUGCUCUGGUUUGUAGUGAAUGUCGUGGAGAAGAUCUGUUGGGUGCUAUCAUGUUACCAUCUUUGGACUUAACAAUGGGUAUGUUUUUUUAUUUAUUUUUCUUGCUGCUGCAAAUGAUUUGGGAAGGUUUGAGUCAGGUAUCAUUUCUUAUUUUGACUUGCAGAAACUCUUAAUUGUUAUUGAAGAUAUUGUGUUUUUUCCCAGUUCUGCGAACCUAUGCAUAUUAUUUCAACAUUUAUGGGGACAUGUGUUGGAAAAAGAAUUUUUAAUUUGAUUUUACUAUGUGAUUGGAGUUGUAGUUCAGUGAAUGAUGAAAAAGAGAAAGUGUUUUCCCUUAAUCUGUAUUUCAUUCAUACAAAGAUAAAACUAAACUUUGAGUUUUUUAUCAUACAAUCAAUUUUGUCCCCUCAAGAUGACAACCUUUGUGAGAUAUUCUUUAACAUUUUGAGUAUAUAACGGAUAGCAUAAAGAUAUUGAUGAUGCAGUUUCAGAAAGGCAUCAUGAUGAUGGAGAGGCAGUUGACAUGUUUUCUCAAGUCAUGAUGGUAUUCUUGGCUCGCCGUGUGAUUAAGCAUAGUGUUCAUGUUUUAGGUUGAAUGGAGCUGAUAAAUCUCUAGAGGUGUUAUUAGGCAAGGAGUUAUGUAUGGGAAAAUCUAUUGGUGCUUCUUUCUUUGAAUUGGAAAACUUCUAGAGAGAAGGGUGUUCAAAGUAUAAUUAGUCAUAUUAAAAAAGGUUUUGCAUGCUAUUAACACACAAAUUUAUGAUUGCAGUGGUUAAUUAACUUUCGUGGAUUAUUGUUUGCAACUACCAUUGCAUGCCUUUGAACUGUAUUCUUUGUAUUUGUGUUUGCCAUUAGUUUGUUGAUUUGGAACAGGCAAUGACGACAGCCGACCAAAGCCACUCUGAUUUCUUCUCUUUAGCCUUACACUCACCUCCUUUUUUACUUCACUCACGAAUUGGCAUCUUGUGCAAUAUAUGGCCAACUACCAUUAAUAUAUGACCAAAAAAACUAAAUGUUUAUAUGAAGUGUAAUGUGAAUGCAUUAAAUGGUGAUUUAGUUGGGUUCUUACCUUGGUCCAUCUCCAACAAGUGGAAGCAACAGAAGUAACUUUGAACCUUGCAAGACUCUAGAUCAAUGGCUUAUUUUCCGAAAUAUUUACCAAAAUUUUAUGAUGUAGGAUAGUUGAAGUGAAUAUAAUAUAUCGAUACUAAUAUAACAUGUUCUAAUCACGUUAUUAACAAGU